AUGGUUCGGAGUUUGGUCGGAAGUUUUGAGGCGAAAGUUCGUGUUGAAGCAAUGCCGAAAGGAGAAAUGUUAUCAUCUUCAUCGGAGAUAAAAGAAGGAGAAGAAACGAAUAAGCGUCAAAGAAAGGAAGGUGCUUAUGAGAAAGGAUCACCGCCGUCACCGGUGACGUUUCGUUUAGAGGAAUUGACCGAUUGGAACAGACGACAUACCCUCGGCGCUGUUCCGAUGCCGUCUUCAUACGUCAAAAAUGCUGUAUCUUCAAUACAAAGUGAAAUCCGAGCGCUGACUAUUUCGCAAUAG